AUGAGGAGGUUAUUGACAUCAUUGUGUUUCGUUCUCUGUCUCCAACUCUCUCUCUUGCACUCUCUCUCUUACUCCUCAUUUGCUCUUCCAUCAUGUCGUACUGACCAAAGCUUAGCUUUGCUACACUUCAAGAACUCAUUUUCCAUUAGAAAACCCGAUCCUUCUUCUUUGGCUUUUGAACUUUGUGAUUUUUAUGAAACCAUUUCACACCCCAAGACAUCAGCUUGGAAAAAUGGUACAAAUUGUUGCUCAUGGGAUGGGGUCACUUGCAAUCCAUUGGGUCAAAGGCUUGACCUCAAUGGCAAUGACUUUCAGGGGUCUUACAUAUCAGCCAACGUUUCACAACUUGAGAUACAUUUGGGUGAUAACAAAAACCUCACAGGCUAUCUUUCAAGGUCUAAUUGCAGCAAUUCCAUUAGACAUUUGAUUCUCAUCGAUGCGAAUUUCACAGGAGAGUUGCCUUAUUGCAUUGGCCAUAUGAAAUCAUUAUAUUCUCUGGAUCUCUCUUCAAACCAAUUCAAGGGAGAACUUCCAUCAUCUUUUUUGAACCUUACACAUCUUACUUAUAUGCAACUCUCUGACAACAACUUUUCUGGACAUCUUCCAAAUGAAAUGGCUAGAUUGCCAUUGUUAAGGGAUUUAGUUUUAUCACAUAGCCAGUUGAAUGGAACAAUUCCUUCUAGGCAUUUUACUCUACCAUCUUUGGAGUUUUUGGAUAUUUCUUCUAACCAACUCACAGUUCAAAUAGCUGAAAUAUCCUCUUAUCCAUUGGUAUCGUUUGAUGUGUCUUACAACAAUUUAUUGAGUCCAAUUACUAGGUCAAAGUUUUUCCUUGAGAACAUUACACUUUUAAGGUAUUUAGACUUGUCACAUAACCAAUUGAAUGGAACAAUUCCAUCUUGGUGUUUUCUUCUGCCAUCUUUGGAGAAUUUAUAUAUUUCUUCCAACCAAUUCACAGGCCAAAUAGGUGAAAUAUCCUCUUAUUCAUUGAAAUAUCUUGAUGUGUCUGAUAACAAAUUAUCAAGUUCAAUUCCAAGGACACUUUUUUCCCUUAAAAACCUUACAUAUCUAAACCUUUCUCACAACUUUCUCACAGGAGGUAUUCAAUGGCACAACUUCUCAUGGAAAAACAUGAAGUUCCUUGACUUGAGGAACAACUCACUUCAAGGAGAGCUAACUUCUUCUAUUUGCUAUGCUACCUCACUUGAAUUUCUAAGCUUGUCCCAUAACUACUUCACCAGUACCAUUCCACACUGCAUUAGCAACUCACUUGAAGUUUUGAACUUGUCCCAUAACAAAUUUACUGGCACCAUUCCUCACUACACCGGUAGCUUUAGCCUUGCUCUUUCUAUGUUGGAUUUGCAAAUGAAUAGAUUUUCUGGAAGCAUACCUCAAUCAUUUGAAAAGGGAAACAAUUUGAAGACCUUAAAUCUUAAUGGCAACCUAUUGGAAGGGUCAUUUCCUCGAUCUCUGGUCAAUUGCACAAAAUUGAAAGUCUUAGAUCUUGGUAGGAACAACAUAGAAGAUACUUUUCCCCAUUGGUUUCAAGUGCUUCAUGAAUUGCAAGUACUUGUUUUUAGAGAGAAUAAGUUAUAUGGUUCCAUUCCUAGUUUCAAUGACGAAACCAACCAUGCGUUCCUAAAAUUGAGAGUCUUGGACUUGUUGAACAACAAUUUUAGUGGCCUUCUACCUACUGCAUUCUUCAAAUCUUUUGAAGCUAUGAGAAAUGCUGAUGAAAGAGAACCUGGCUUGCAUUACAUGGGUUAUGAAUCUAUGUAUCAAGACUCCAUUGAAGUAACCAUGAAAGGAUUGGACGUUCAUUUAGAAAGGAUCUUGACUGUUUUUACAACUAUUGAUGUAUCCAUGAACAUGUUCGAAGGAAAAAUUCCAAAAGUUAUUGAAGAGCUUUGCAAAUUGAAGGUGCUCAAUUUUUCACAUAAUAGGCUAAUUGGUGCAAUUCCAAGCUCAAUGGGAAAAUUUGAGGAACUUGGAAUCCUUGGACUUGUCAUCAAACAAGCUUGUAGGAAAAAUUCCUUUAAAAUUGGCAAGUCUUGA